AUGGCAUCUACAACGCCAGAAUUAAAAGAGCCAAAAGCCAUGCAACGGCGAGAAGACACCCCAGAGUCUCUAUGCGAGCCCCAAGACAUCGAAUUCCGCUACCUGGAGCUAGAAACACCCCUACCAACACCAUGCAUCAGUCUACCACCAGGACCAAAUCAGUCUCCACCGCCAGAAGCUCCCGGCCUGGAAAAAUAUACGUCUCCGUUCCUGUGGCCCAAAUGGCGCAAAUCAAUGAUGACCUAUAUCGCCUGUGGUGUUACCGCUCUGGCGGGUUAUGCGGCUGGCGAGGUUAGCCCUGCUUCAGAGGAAUUGACUGCAAAAUGGGGGAUCAGUACCGUCGUGUAUAAUCUGAGUAUUACGCUUUUCUGCUGUGGCUUUGCUCUGGCGCCCAUGGUGCUGGCGCCCUUUUCGGAGAUCAAUGGGCGGCGGCCAAUUUUCAUCGCUAGUGGUAUUCUUUUUGUUGCUUGCCUAAUCGGUUGUGGAGGAACGCAAUCCUUUGGUGGGUUGCUUGUCGCUAGAUUCUUCCAAGGUGUUGGUGGAUCAACCUUCUCCACGAUGGUCGGCGGCGUGAUCAGUGAUAUCUACCACGCCCAAGACCGCAACACACCCAUGGCUCUCUUCUCGGCAUCUGCUCUUUUCGGCACCGGCCUAGCACCACUGAUCUCAGGCGUGAUCGUCAGCCACACGACCUGGCGCUGGAUCUUCUACUCGCACGCCAUCGUCGCCGCAGCCUUUGUCGUGAUCAUCUACUUCUUCUUCAAAGAAACCCGCGGCAGCGUCCUGCUGAGCCGAAAAGCCCACAAACUAAACAAAUACUACGAAGCCCUUGAAGAAGCAGGCCACCACGGCGUCAUACUAUGCGAGAACUCGGACGAGAAAAGCAUUCGACGAAUCAGAUGGAAAGUGAAGAGCGACGAGGAGCGAGCCUCGCUCCUGACCAUGAUCCAGAUUUCCGUGUAUCGACCAUUCCACAUGCUCAUCACUGAACCAGUUGUUUUCUUCUUCUCCCUGUGGGUAUCGUUCAGCUGGGCAGUGCUCUACCUCCAAUUCAGCUCAGUGCCACUCAUCUUCCGCACGAACCACAAUUUCACCACAGAGCAGACCGGCGCCGUUUUCACUUCCAUGUGCGUGGGCGUCAUCCUCAUUAGCGUUAUCAGCAUUUACCAGGAGCGCGUCGCCGCGCACUUCGGCGUCAAAUCCGCUGCUGCCGAGGGCCGGCUGUACUAUGUCUGCGUAGAGUCUGUACUCCUGCCCAUCGGCUUGUUCUGGUUCGGCUGGACUUCUUUCCCUUCUGUGCCUUGGAUUGUGCCUGCUAUGGCGGUUGGAUGUGCGACUAUGGGCAUCUUUUCGAUUUAUCUUGCUACGUUCAACUACCUCGCUGAUACUUACCAUCGGUAUGCGAGUUCGGCGAUUGCGGCGCAGUCGUUUUGCCGCAAUAUGCUCGGUGGUAUCUUUCCGCUAGUGACGAACGCCAUGUUUAAUAACUUGGGGUAUCCCGAGGCAUCAAGUUUACUGGGAGCACUUGGUCUUGUUUUGACCUUAGUCCCAUGGGUGCUAGCCUUCUAUGGACCCAAGAUUCGAGCGAAGAGCAAGCUCGCAAGUGAGCUCGCACAUUGA